AUGGACGUUAUCGAGCAGACACUGCCGUACAGGCUGAUCUCGUGGAAUUGGCUGCCCAAUUCCGAGGUGUUCCAUCUCCCGAGCAUCGCGAGCUCCCCGAUUAAGGAGUUCCCUAUGGACACAUCCAACGUGUUUCUGAAGGACAAGUUCUACCCGGCGUCGUUGCACUACCUGACUCCCGUCACGGUGGCGUUUGUGUACUUCAUUGCUGUCCAUCUGGUCAACAAGAUCGUUGUUCGCAGACAGCUACAGCAGUUCCAGAGCAACCACCCGGGACAGGCCGUUCCGAAACAUCUUCCGCCGGCUCCGUAUGCCAUUGCCAAGCACCGCUACUUCAAGCUGUUUGUGCUGCUCCACAACGUGGCGCUGUGUGUCUACUCUGUGUGGACUUUCCUCGGCAUGACCACGACGAUCUACUAUUAUUCGCACGAGCUGAUCCCAGACCUGAUUGGCCGCUAUUACUCGCUCUCCAGCGAGCUUUCUCCGGUCGACCUGUUCUGGCAGAGCGUCUGCGACGUGGACCACGGCAUCUGGUACAACCAGGGCGACUCGAUCAAGGGCCUGGCUUUCUACUCGUACGUGUUCUACCUGUCCAAAUACUACGAGAUUCUGGACACGGUGAUCAUCCUUUUGAAAGGCAGGCCGGCGUCGCUGCUGCAGAGCUACCACCACUCGGGCGCCAUCCUGUCGAUGUGGGCCGGCACGCGUUUUGCGUCGCCGCCGAUCUGGAUCUUUGUGGUGUUCAACUCGUUCAUCCACUCGAUCAUGUACUUUUACUACACGUUGGCGUGUGUGGGCGUGCGUCUGGGCGGCUUCUUCAAGCAGACCCUCACGUCGCUGCAGAUCUGCCAGUUUGUGUUUGGCGGCUCGCUCGCGGUGGUGCACCUGUUUGUGCGCUACCUGGACGUGCUGAGCGGCACGUACCGCAGCUGCAUCUCGACGAGCGAGGAGGCUCUGGCACUCUUCAUCAACGUGUUCUACCUGACCCCGCUGACGAUGCUGUUUGCAGCCUUCUACAUCGACAGCUACAAGAAAAAGGACAAGCUAAAGAAAUCGUAA